AUGGCGAAAAAGAGCGGGAUCAGCAAGUUCCAGAGCAGCUGCUGCCAUGAGAGCGGAGGUUGCGGAACGGAUCGUGUGCUGCUCGGGUCGUGGUUCAGCGAUGAGAACCGAUCUGCAAGCUUUGGGCGUAAACGACGACGACAGGAGCCCUACGGCCGCCUGUGGCUUCCUUUGGCAUCCUCAGCAACACCAACUCCAACCCCAACGCCUGCUUCAAUCGAAAACGACGGGACUGCAGCAAAGGGGGAUGGGGCUCCUGCAAACAGCAGCAACGAGGUGGCGAGUGAUGAAAGUCGUCCUGUGGGAAGCGGAGGGCGGGUGGCGGGUGACAUGUUUGAGUUCGGCACCAACAGGAGAACAGGUCGGCCUGCAUUGGGGCGCGAUGAGGCAUACAAGACGGCGAGAUCACCGAAAGACGAAAGCAGCGGCAGAAGCAGAAGGAGGAGCAGCGCCCCGGGGAGGCUCCGACUGAAGUGGGGUGUGGAUCUCGAUAUUCCGGUGCCGGUCGCGCUGGAAGCGCUCGUGAAGGGACCAUGGGACCCUCAGGGAGACAUGUGGAAGAGACAACUCGACAUGGCCGCGCAGGUGAUCUCGCGAAGCGGCGGGGUCGUCUUCAUGGAGCAGCUCGCACCAAUUUUAAACCCUCGGGAAGGCCCGCCAGAAUGGUACCGAGUUUGUGCCGAUGCCGGUGGUGGUUUCUACGAGAAAGGUGACAAGAGCGACAUCAGCGUCGACGCAGUUGGGGGUGAGGCGCUCGUUCUGCGGGUGUUGCUCGAUCUCAAUGGCAGCCCGGAGGUGACCAGUGACGGAGACAUCCUGUAUGUUUUUCCUGGUUUCGCUCGAGGGAAGAGGGGCCGCGAGGGGAGCAUCGAGGCAGACUACCACAGUGAAGAAAGCGAAACGGGCUCCACAGCCGCCCCCGAGGUCCUCCAGUUCGAGGAAGUUCCGAGGUUGCUGGAGGCGCUGCCCAAGAUUAUACCGGAUCAGGGUCCGAAGGUUGUCAAAGAACUUUUUCAGCGGACAGCAUUGUCAGGACUUGCGCUGUUCCUCUCCAUGUGCUUGGUUCUGGGCCAACUCAUUUUCAAUUCGUGGCCAAUCUGGCUCGCAACCGGUGAGCUAGCAGGCGUCGCGCUUGUUGUGGCUUCAUUCGAAAAUCAGCGUUGA